GGCAGCUCAAUUCAAUGCAUUGUUCAUAAAAGUGAUCGGGGGACUAUUAUAUAUGUAUUUUAUUGGAAUUUUAUGUGGAAAAACUAAUACAAAAAAAAAGCUAAAUAAUUAAGUAAAAAGAACAAUAUUUUACCACCACUUUUCACUGUGCUUACAACUGCAUCUCUUUUGCAAGCUCGGGUGAAACGAGGAGAAAAAUAAAUCUGAAAGGAUCUGUAAAAGGAGAGAAAACUGCUUGGCUUAGCAAAAACAUAAAACAAAUUAGAACAGAAAAUAGUUAUUAGAAAAUUUAAUGAUUACACUUAAAGCAUUAAAAAGAUGUGAACAAAAUUUAUUCUAAAUUUAUCUGAACAAUUUUACUUUUAUUUUGCAGAGUAUCCCCAGUUUUCUGUUAGCUGUGGCACUUCUCCAUAUUACACCUUGAAAUGUAAUGUAGCUAUCAUGGUUCACUUCUGCCGCGUUGUUCUGAUAAAAUCAUCUAAAAUAAAACCAGCCAUUUGGUGAAACUUAAUAUGCCAUACCUGAAAUGUGUAUUCGGGUCCAUUUAAAUGCUGGAUAUUUACUCAGGGGAAACAUUAGCUUACGGUAACGAUAGAAACGGUGCCGUGGGGGUGUUUGAACUGAAACUCUAAAUAUUUCUACCCGAAUAGUGAUAGCAAGAAGUAACCCGGUGUGUCUAAAGUUCAUAAAUAAGUCCGUCAGUUUGUCUUUGAGGCAGGAACAGCUGGGGAUUCCCACAGAGGAAGGAGCAGAGGCAGCUCCAGUCCACCAGGUGGCGGUAGAACUCUGGGUUUACCGCUGUGUGGAAAGGAAGAACAGGAUGAGGUUCGUUUCCAGUCAGCUGGACGUCCUGAGAAAAUCUCUGGGAUUUAGUUAGUUUCAUUCGCUCCGCAUUUUCCGAUUCACGGUCCAAACAGCACGAGUUAGCCGUUGCCAUAGAGCCGAACCGGGCGGCUUCGAACCGGUUCUGAACAGCAUUUGGAACUGGAGCAGACUGACUGGUUCAGAAUCCAGAACGUUCUUUCCUGCUCAGAAACACCAGCCGUUUCGGUCCCGUUUAGAUGUGCAGUUUCUCAAACUUCCUGUUCAGACAUGGCGAAGCUCCGUCACUGCUGCACGGUCCUCUUGCUCCUCUUCACUUCCGUCUCGGCUCACAGUGACUUCUUCACUUCCAUCGGACACAUGACGGACCUUCUGUUCGUGGAGAGGGACCUGGUGUCUUCGCUGAAGGACUACGUCAGAGCAGAGGAGGACAAACUGCAGCGAAUCAAGCGGUGGGCGGACAGGCUGGACGCGCUCUCGACUGCCGGUUCUCAGGAUCCCGAGGGUUUCCUGGGUCACCCGGUGAACGCCUUCAAACUGAUAAAGAGGCUCAACACGGAGUGGGCGGAGCUAGAGAGCCUGGUGCUGACUGACGUGUCGGAUGCGUUUGUCUCCAACCUCACCAUCCAGAGGCAACACUUCCCCAACGACGACGACCAGACCGGAGCGGCGAAAGCUCUGAUGAGGCUCCAGGACACCUACAAACUGGACACGGAGACCAUCUCCAGCGGACGGCUGACGGGCUCGUCUUCGGUGGCCACGACGAGCAGCGUCCUGACCGUGGAAGACUGCUACGACCUGGGAAAGGUGGCGUAUUCCGACGUGGAUUAUUACCACACGGAGCUGUGGAUGGCCCAGGCCUUAAAGCAGCUGGAGCAGGGGGAGGAGUCCAGCGUCGUGGACGCCAUCGCCAUCCUGGACUACCUGAGCUACUCCGUCUACCAGCAGGGGGAGCUGGAGAGAGCGCUUGCGUUCACCAAGAAACUUCUAGAACUCGACCCGUCACACCAGCGGGCCAACGGGAACCUGAAGUACUUUGAGUACCAGCUGUCCAAACAGAAGAAGCUGGAGGUCGACGACAACGACGAGGAGCGGAGGAUGUGGAAGGAGAACCGAGGUCGCCGUGACGACUACCUGCCAGAGAGGAAGCAGUACGAGAAGCUGUGUCGGGGCGAAGGCGUCCGGAUGACUCCCCGCAGGCAGAGCCGCCUCUUCUGUCGCUACUACGACAACGGCCGGCACCCCAGGUUCGUAAUAGGACCGCUAAAGCAGGAGGACGAGUGGGACAGCCCUCACAUCGUCCGUUACCACGACAUCGUGUCGGACAGAGACAUGGAGAAGGUGAAGGAGCUGGCCAAACCCAGGCUCCGACGAGCCACCAUCUCCAACCCCACCACCGGCGUCCUGGAAACGGCCCAGUACCGCAUCAGUAAGAGCGCCUGGCUCGGAGCAUACGAGCAUCCCGUCGUGGAUAAAAUCAACCGGAGGAUCGAGGACAUCACUGGGCUGGACGUCGGCACGGCCGAGGACCUGCAGGUGGCCAACUAUGGAGUAGGAGGGCAGUAUGAACCGCAUUUCGACUUCGGACGGAAAGAUGAGCCGGACGCGUUCGAGGAGUUGGGAACCGGGAACCGGAUCGCCACCUGGCUGCUCUACAUGAGCGACGUGCAGGCAGGGGGCGCCACUGUCUUCACCGACAUCGGUGCUGCUGUUCAACCGAAAAAGGGCUCGGCGGUGUUUUGGUUCAACCUGUAUCCCAGUGGAGAGGGGGACUACAGGACCCGACACGCCGCCUGCCCGGUACUGCUGGGAAACAAGUGGGUUUCCAACAAAUGGAUGCACGAACGGGGACAGGAGUUCAGAAGGCGCUGCGACCUUCACUGGACCGACUGACGCUCGUUUAUCUUCUCCUCAUCCCGUUCUUCUGGCUCUUACUGAGAAACGGAACGCUUCUCCUCUGAUCUGAUGCUUUUUACUUUAUCCAGUGUGUGUGUGUAUGUGUGUGUGAAUAGAUCAGGGAGCUGCUGCCUUAAUUGCAUGUUCAGGUUUCAGCUGGUCCUCAGGUGUGUCUGGAACAAAGAACGCCAAGCGCUCUCCUGUCAUUAAAUCAAUCCAGUCCAAUUCAAACAUGCGUUAAAAUUAAUUUAGUCAAUACGAAAAUGUUUUGGCACAAGAUGCUUUGUUAAAUGAAUCAAGUUGCUGAAUGUUUUUUUUUUUUUUUUACUUGUGUCACAGGGCACUACUAAUGCUAGUUAAAGUGUAUUAAGGGUUGUAAUUAACUUAAGAACAUUAUCAUGGAUCAGCCUCGUGGGAAUUUAGUGUGGGAACUCGUUCAACUUCCCUGAUAGCAGGUAGUCGAUGUUGGACAUGGGUGCUAUUCUCACCUUGACCACCAGAUGUCAGUAAUUGAGACACACUGACCCUUUAAUGCCAGAGCAAGUAAAAUAAUAUCCCGUCUGCUCAGAGCUGAUAGAUAGUUGGACACAAAAUUGCUCCAUUUGGGAUAAAAAAGAAAACAUUUGGAAUUUCCGAGGGCACCUUCUAUCUAACGGACAGCAGGGGGCGACUCCUGUAUUUGUGACUCCAGAGGCAAAACAUUGAGGGUUCCUGCUCGGCGUUCUUUGCUCUCUACGUCAGACACUGAAUGAAUCACUAACUCCAGACAGAAACACUCGUUUGCCUCCUGUUACUCCUUUAACUCCUCAACUUCUGUGACUGUUACCUUGACAACCACUCCAGAGUAAGUGCAGAACCUCUCAGCUCAUUGAUGAUGUGCUUACCUCAGACAUUUUAGUUAUUGUUUUUGAUGAAAAAACUAAAUAAUGCAACGGGCAGAGUCAGAGCAGUGAAUGGGUUAAGCUCCGCCCACUGCUCACCAACAAUUUGCACACUCCUCAUUGAAUAAAUAGUAAACUUUAAAACAACCAAUAGGAAUUUUAUUAGGGGUUUUAUAGAUCGGUAUUUAUAAUGUUGGUGUGUGUUAAUUGGCUGUUUCUGACUGUAUCUCAUCUUCUGGUGCUUUACUUAGGAUGUUUGAGAUCUAAAGAAGUUUUGAAUCAUGUUAGUGCGCCAGUCAGUGAAAAACAUUUCCCCCACAUUUACCCACCCAUUAUGACCAGUGACGCUCCUGUUUUCCACCAGUUCAGCCUGCAGGUCAGUGACUCUGCAGGAACAGAUAAAAAAAACAACCUUAUCACUUGAGUUCUGAUUACACUAAAGAUACGGUGCUGAUGUUGUAUGAUCUAACGAAAAGAAAUGUAAGAAUUCCAAUUUUUGGCACUCUGAAAAUGUUUGUUUUUUUCAACAUCAUUUCAAAUGACCCUGUUUGAUUUUUAUCUUUCUAUAUUAUUACUUAUUAGGUCAGUUUGAGUGAAAACAUUCCUGAUUUGGUCUAUAUAUUAAGCAUCCUUUGCUUCUGACUGGCCCAUUUACUAUUCAGGCUUUCUUUCAGUAGUUCAAAUUUAAGACCAUUUAGAAGGAAAUUUAAGUCCUAUAGCUCCUCAGAAAUAUCCAAAUUUCGUCCAGCCAACUGCCAAUAAAUUACUAUAUAUAGCUAGCUAGCUAGAAAGGGUUAUGCUAGCAGUGAGUUACCAGUAGCCUUAAUGGCCCAGCAAAAAAAAUAUGGAAUAUAGGAAAUAAAUAGUCCUGCUAAGACAGCAUUUAAGACAUUUGAUUCAUGUAUUUAAGGCUUACUUCUUUUUUAAAAAUGAAUUUAAGACAUUUUAAAGGCCUUAAUUUUCCUUUGUAAAAGAUAGCACUAUUAGCAAACUUGCCAUACUGGUUGUUUUAUGGGAACUUUAAUACCAGAAUACACCAAGUUAACCCUGUGAGGCAACUACAGAUCAAGUGUGUGUAAGUGCUUGUUAUGAUUUUAUUUUAUAUUUUUUAUCAUCCAAGUGAUUUUACAAGAAAAAUCUGUGAUCCUUUUUGUGUAUCUAUGAGAGAACUGUGAUAUAAAGAUGAUGUCGAUAACGUAAUGAUAAUGUUCAGCAUGAAGUGAUGAAAAUAAAGUAUACAUUUCUGCAGAAACACAGAUAGGAGGCUUCAUCUCAUUUGUUGCAGGUAAAGCCAUGUAUGCAUAGAUAGAAAUAAUGUCUACUAUGAUUUAAUCUACUCUAUAGUAGGUCUGGUUGUCUGUUUAAUGUUCUCCUUGCCUGGUCUGUCAGUAUUCUGUGCUGGUUUACCACAUAAAAUCCUGAUAAAAUAUAUUAAAGUGUUUCUUUCCAUGUUUUUAAAGCAUGUUUUGAGCUUUUUUUGUAAGCUCAAAAACUCUUGUAAUUACUUCUGUUUUUUUUUUCUUUUUGUGGUAACCUUUGCAUCCCUUUGGUGUAUUUUCUGAGGUCUCAUAUUUGUUGGUUUUCUGUGUCAGUAAGCAGAUUUUUUGGUUUUGGGUUGUGCUUUUAUGUUAAAUACUUUAACACACAUUUUAGUGUUCUUGUACCAAAUGUUUCUCUUUCUUGCUUCAAAAACGUUUUGGAGUUGAAAAAUCGGUUACAAGACGACACAGGACUUUUUUUCUCCUUUUAUAGAUAAAACAAUAAAUCAACAAUACAUAAUUAAAA